GACGAGUUGAUAGAGUUAUAGUACUUGUUCAAUAGCUAACAGUUUUGCAACUCCGUUCUAUGCAGAUCAACUUUGCACGCUAACUAAAUUGCAAUUUUCUUAUUACCUUUUAUAGUUAAGUGUAUUAAACAAAUUUAAAGAAAUGAGAGCUUACAGAAAUGGGAAGUAUUAUGGUGUUUCAUGUCUUGCUAUGAUUAGCAUUACUCUGUUAUGCGUGUCCAUGACUAGCAAAAACUGGCUGUACAGUGUGUUAAAGAGAAGGUCGAACAACGAAGAAUUUUUUGCAGGGAAUAAAACGUUUGGUUUGUUUAGAGGUUGUCAAUACAAACGUUAUGGGCAGUUUGUUAACUAUAGAAUUCGUUGUUUUAAUGUAUUUACUGAACUCAAAGCUAUAGAUUCAAGCACACCUGCAUAUAUUACAGUGAGUUGUAUGUGCGGAAGUCUUGGUUGUCUCCUCAUCGUCACGUAUGUCGGUAUAUACAUAGAAACUGUGAAAUCACUUGUGGAGAGUUUAGUGAUCAACCUCCUUUUGAUACUCAACACGAGUGCAUUAUUGUUCGACUUCGUCGCACUGACCAGCUACAGUUAUCUGUAUCAUACGAAACUGAAAAAAACGACUUUACAGAAAGAAGAAAUUUUAGGCGGGUUUUCAUCAAAAACUGAACUUGAACAAUCUUUCUGGCUGUGCUCGUCAAGUCCGAUCUUUAUUGUUUUAAAUAUGAUAUACAUAUUAGUACUUUGCCGAACGCAAGCAAAUAGGACAACGAGACGAGAUGUAUCAAACUCGAGUACAUCAUGGAAGAAGGGUGACAAUAUGAGAUCGCCUAUGAUUUAUUAAAUUCGUUAUUAAGAAAGAAGAAAACUUUUGCGAGUUAGUCAAACUUGGCGAAACAUGGAUUGUAAUAUAAAAACAUUUUUGUGGAGGAAAAUGGGUUUAUUGUUUAAAACUGGAAUGUCGCCAUUCUAUCCUAAAAAACAUAUAAAAAGCUUUAAAAUAAUAAUUACAGGGGAAUUUUAGAACUUUGUGCCAAAUCUCUCUCGCAAAAGUUACUUCUUUUAAGAUUAGAAUAACAUAUAUUAAUAAAUAAAUUCAUAAUAUAUAUGUAUAAAUAUGUAUAUAUUUGAUAUUUUAUUACAUUUAAUCCCAUUGAUAACCAUAUACACUUACUAUUAUUGUUAUUAUUUUUAUUUUUUAGAACCUAUAUUAUUUUUUUGUAAUUAGGGUUUUGUUAUUUUAAAUAUUUUUUUAUAUUCGUUUAUAACUCACGUUACUAUUGUGCGUUAAUUGAAAAAUUUUGAGCAUUCUCACUAUGGCCAAUUUCAGGAAAUCUCAAACCACAAUCUUGGACAAAAAAAUGGGAUAAAUUCUGAAGGUUAUCCCACAGGUUCCGACAUGCGCAUUUUAGACUUUAAAAAAAUUUACGGUUAGGAUUUUAGGUUAUUAGGCUCGGAGUAGUAUGCAGACAUACGCAUGGAUCCAUAUGCCAUCUUUCGUACACGUGUCUUAAAACACACCUGUUGAAGUGCGCAUUUGCAUCGUCUACACGUAUGCAAAAGUGUUCCCUCCUCUGCAGCCUACCGGGUGCACAAUUUUAAUCUAUAUAAGUGGUUUGUUCAUUUUAAAGAAUAGGCAAAAAAAUAGAGUUUCCUAUUUAUUUUUGUCCAAGAUUGUGGCUAUAUUUAAUGGUCUUUGAAAAACCUUGUCAUUAUUCGACAAAGAACUUUCGCUCCAACUAAAUUUACGGCAUUAAAAUUGGUCGUCAAACAACUAUACCAUAUUUACACUUGAACCGUAGUGUUUUGCUGUAUUGUGGUUAGAACUUUACAUAAAAUUCAGGAAAAGAUGAGGAAAUCGUUGUGUCUUCCUUUUUAUUUUCAACACGUAUCAUUUGCAGAAUUCGAUACUAGGUUUAAAUGCAUGAAAAUGGACCAAUACAUUCACCACAGCGUGAUAGUUGAAAGAGACAUUUUCAUGCAAUUCCGAAAUUUUCUUUUCCCCAGAUCUUAUAUACGAUGAAAAAAAUCCCGCCAUAGUACCAGUAAUAUGAUAUUUUAGUUUAAGUGACGAUAUUGUUGCUAAAAAAUAAAUAUAUGUGGUAUUUAUUGAUUUAUACAAUGUAAAGUUGUUACAUACCGUAAUAAUGUUGUUUAAUGAUCAAUUUCUUCGAAAGAAAUAUCAAUAUCCUAACCAGUCUUGUCAUUAUUCUUAUUUCUUUAACCUUAUUAACCUGACAUUCCAGUCUGAUAUUCUUAAAAAGCAUAUUCUUAUAAAACGUGUGGUGACAUUAACGAUGAUGUCAUUGUUUUGCGUGAAUUACAAUAAUUUUAAGGGGUUAUUUUUUUCUCUCGAGGUAUUUACUGAACUUAAAGCUAUAGACUCAAGCACACCUGCAUAUAUUACAGUGAGUUGUAUGUGCGGAAGUCUUGGUUGUCUCCUCAUCGUCACGUAUGUCGGUAUAUACAUAGAAACUGUGAAAUCACUUGUGGAGAGUUUAGUGAUCAAUCUCCUUUUGAUACUCAACACGAGUGCAUUAUUAUUCGACUUCGUCGCACUGACCAGCUACAGUUAUCUGUAUCAUACGAAACUGAAAAAAACGACUUUACAGAAAGAAGAAAUUUUAGGCGGGUUUUCAUCAAAAACUGAACUUGAACAAUCUUUCUGGCUGUGCUCGUCAAGUCCGAUCUUUAUUGUUUUAAAUAUGAUAUACAUAUUAGUACUUUGCCGAACGCAAGCAAAUAGGACAACGAGACGAGAUGUAUCAAACUCGAGUACAUCAUGGAAGAAGGGUGACAAUAUGAGAUCGCCUAUGAUUUAUUAAAGUCGUUAUUAAGAAAGAAGAAAACUUUUGCGAGUUGGUCAAACUUGGCGAAACAUGGAUUGUAAUAUAAAAACAUUUUUGUGGAGGAAAAUGGGUUUAUUGUUUAAAACUGGAAUGUCGCCAUUCUAUCCUAAAAAACAUAUAAAAAGCUUUAAAAUAAUAAUUACAGGGGAAUUUUAGAACUUUGUGCCAAAUCUCUCUCGCAAAAGUUACUUCUUUUGAGAUUAGAAUAACAUAUAUUAAUAAAUAAAUUCAUAAUAUAUAUGUAUAAAUAUGUAUAUAUUUGAUAUUUUAUUACAUUUAAUCCCAUUGAUAACCAUAUACACUUACUAUUAUUGUUAUUAUUUUUAUUUUUUAGAACCUAUAUUAUUUUUUUGUAAUUAGGGUUUUGUUAUUUUAAAUAUUUUUUUAUAUUCGUUUAUAACUCACGUUCCUAUUGUGCGUUACUUGAAAAAUUUUGAGCAUUCUCACUAUGGCCAAUUUCAGGAAAUCUCAAACCACAAUCUUGACAAAAAAAUGGGAUAAAUUCUGAAGGUUAUCCCACAGGUUCCGACAUGCGCAUUUUAGAGUUUAAAAAAUUUACGGUUAGGAUUUUAGGUUGUUAGGCUCGGAGUAGUAUGCAGACAUAAGCAUGGAUCCAUAUGCCAUCUUUCAUAGCGUACACGUAUCUUAAAACACACCUGUUGAAGUGCGCAUUUGCAUCGUCUACACGUAUGCAAAAGUGUUCCCUCCCCUGCAGCCUACCGGGUGCACAAUUUUAAUCUAUAUAAGUGGUUUGUUCAUUUUAAAGAAUAGACAAAAAAAUAGAGUUUUCUAUUUAUUUUUGUCCAAGAUUGUAGCUAUAUUUAAUGCUCUUUAAAAAGCCCUUGUCAUUUAUUCCACUAAUAGAUUUUAAGUUUACGUUAUUCGACAAAGAACUUCUUCCGUGCCAACUAAAUUUACGGCAUUAAAAUUGGUCGUCAAACAACUAUACCAUAUUUUCACUUGAACCGUAGUGUAUUGUGGUUAGAACUUUACAUAAAAUUCAGGAACAGAUGAGGAAAUCGUUGUGUCUUCCUUUUUAUUUUCAACACGUAUCAUUUGCACAAUUCGAUACUAGCUUUAAAUGCAUGAAAAUGCACCAAUACAUUCACCACAGCGUAGUAGUUAAAAAGACAUUUUCAUGCAAUUCCGAAAUUUUCCUUCCCCCAGAUCUUAUAUACGAUGAAAAAAAUCCCGCCAUAGUACCAGUAAUAUGAUAUUUUAGUUUAAGUGACGAUAUUGUUGCUAAAUAUAAAUAUAUGUGGUAUUUAUUGGUUUAUACAAUGUAAAGUUGUUACAUACCGUAAUAAUGUUGUUUAAUGAUCAAUUUCUUCGAAAGAAUAUCAAUAUCCUAACCAGUCUUGUCAUUAUUCUUAU